AUGGCGGGUUCGCCUCCCGACGCCGUUGGCGGCGAGGCUGUUCACGUCGAGGAGCACCACGACAACGCGUACGAGGCUCUGUACUUCCUCUUCCUGUCGCUGUGUCUCGGCGCGGCGGCGCGGGGUGCCGUGCGCAACAGCAGGCUGCCCUACACCGUCGCGCUGCUCUUCGUGGGGCUCGCCAUAGGGUUCUCGUACUCGUACCUCGACCUCGGGGUGCUCUCCAACUCGCUCGACAUAUGGGUGGCCAUCGGGCCGCACACCAUGCUCUCGGUGUUCCUCCCGGCGCUGGUGUUCGAGUCCGCGUUCUCGCUGGAGUGGCACACGUUCAGGAAGUGCGCGGCGCAGGUCCUCUGGCUGGCGGGACCCGGCGUGCUCCUCGGGACCUUCCUCAUGGGCAGCCUGCUCAAGGCCACCUUGCCCUACGGCUGGGGCUGGGGCUCGUCGCUGAUGCUCGGGUCCAUCCUGUCCGCCACGGACCCGGUCGCGGUCGUGGCGCUGCUCAAAGAGGUUGGCGCGUCGAAACGGCUCGGUCACAUCAUCGAGGGCGAGUCCCUGGUCAACGACGGCACCGCCAUCGUCGUCUUCUCGCUCCUCAACCAGAUCGCCAAGGGGGAGGACAAGACGCCGCUCGAGAUCUUCACGUUUUUCGUGUGGGUGCCGGUGGGCGCGGUGCUCGUGGGGGUGGGCAUCGCCGCGGGCUGUCACGCGUGGCUCGGUCUCGGCGCCGUGGCGGGGGAUCACAUCGUGCAGAUCUCCGUGACGCUCUUCGCGUGUUACCUCUGCUUCCUCGUCGCCGAGUUUGAGGCGUCGGCGUCGGGGGUGCUGGCGUGCGUGGUCCUGGGCAUCUCCAUCGGGGCGUUCGGCCGAGGUUUCUUCACCGGAGAGACGGAACACUCGCUGCAUCACUUCUGGGAGAUGCUCACUUUCGUCGCCAACACCGUGCUGUUCAUCCUGACCGGCGUCAUCAUCGCCAAGACCACGACGGAGGCGGCGACGGAUCGAACGCUCACCGCGCACGACGCCGGGUACGGACUCUUGGUGUACAUCGAGGUUCUCUUCGCCAGGGCGGCGGUCAUAGCCGUGCUAUAUCCCAUCUUGCGCAAGUGCGGGUACGGACUGACGCCGUACGACGCGACGGUGUGCUGGUGGGGCGGCCUGAGGGGCGCGGUGGGUCUCGCGCUGGCGCUCGUGGUGA